AUGCUGACGCCCACGAGCACGUUCGCCCUCCGCCUCGCCGGUCAGGGCGCCGCCCGCGCAUCAAUCGCCUCCUCCAUCGUCCGCACCACCGCAUGCCCGUACUCGACCGCCUCCAUGAAGCAGCAGCCCUCUACCCGACUGAUUGGGCUCGCUCUGGCUCGCCCUCUGGCCCGCACCAGCGCCGCCUUUGGCGCCUCUUCUCCGUCCUCGAUUGUUGCCCGCGUCGUUCGUCAGCCCUGCUCGCAGCGCUGCAACGCAACGGCUUCCGCUGCGGCACAAACCAAGCCGGCCGCUGCGCCCGGGGACAAGCUAGACUGGGAGACAUUCUUUCAGCUGCGCAAGUCCCGAAGGAGAUGGCAGCUCGGCUUCAGUGUCAUAUCCGGCCUGGGCGCGUUCGUUGGCGGGGCUGCCAUCCUGGCGACUGGGGUUGCGGAUCCGUUGGUGACGCAGGUCCCUCUGGACCCCUUCAUCACAAUGGGCUUAAUGACGAUGGCUUUCGGUACGCUGGGAUGGCUGGUCGGGCCUAGCAUCGGGUCUUUUGUCUUUUACACACUGAACAAGAGGUGGAAGAACCAGAUGACAAUCAAGGAGAAGGAGUUCUUCGCCCGCAUCAAGAAGAACCGCGUCGAUCCUUCCGUUUCUUCUGUUGGUAACCCAGUUCCCGAUUUUUAUGGCGAGAAGAUCUCAAGCGUCAAGGGCUACCGUCAAUGGCUCAAGGACCAGCGGGCCUUCAAUAAGAAGCGUGUCAGCUUCGUGUAG